AUGGCAACAGAAGUAGCAAGACGAAAACUAGUGAUUGUUGGUGAUGGUGCUUGUGGCAAGACCUCCCUACUAUACGUAUUCACCCUUGGUGAAUUCCCCACUGAAUAUCAUCCGACAGUGUUUGAAAACUACGUUACUGAUUGUCGAAUAGAUGGAAAAGCAGUUCAAUUAGCAUUGUGGGAUACUGCAGGUCAAGAAGAAUAUGAAAGAUUACGACCGCUUUCGUACAACAAUUCUCAUGUCAUUUUAAUUGCAUUUGCUUUAGAUACACCAGUCUCCUUUGAAAAUACUCGAUCGAAAUGGGUUCAAGAAGUGAAGAAAUAUUGUCCCAACACACCAUAUAUCUUGUGUGGAUUGAAGAAGGAUCUACGAAUAAAUACUAAAGAUCGUCGACAUUUUAUUCAAGUUGAUAUGGGUGAGGAGAUGGCUCGUAUAAUUGGCGCAAAGACGUAUUUGGAAAGUUCUGCAUUGACAGGUGAAGGUGUUGAUGAUAUAUUUGAAUAUGCAACGAGAUUAAGCUUGCUUCAAGGCUCGAAGCUGAAUCAUGGAUGCUGUACAAUAUUGUGA